UCCUGAGCCGUUGUUUGGGGGUGCUGCUAGCUCUCCAGGUGCAGCUAACCCCUCCUGUUCUCUGCUUUUCUGGACUAAACCUUCAAAUCGAGAUUUUUUUUCUGGAAGCUGGAGAUUCUUUGAAAGGUUUUUGAGGAAAUCAUAAUGAAAUUGGCAGGCAGGCUGACUUCAAACUAAAGGUAGAACCAACGUUUGAACACAAGAAACCAGAUUUAUGCAUUUUGAUGUUGCUGAAAAGCUAUGUGGGAACAUUUAGUGAGUGAUGUAAGCAGAGGAAACGGGGAAUGCAGACAUCCUUGCUGGGUUUAGGUUUUAUGUGGACGUGAUGCCCAGGCGGGGGUUACUGUUCCAAGGCCGGGUUCGCUGGCUCUUCCUGGGCCUCCUCCUGCUGCUGGUGUUGCUGCUCUUCAUGUACCUGCUGGAGUGCACUCCACCUGCAGACGUCAGCCUGGUCCUGCCUGGCUUAGCGGGGGAGACCUACGGGAAGGAGUACUACCAGGCUCUGCUGCAGGAACAUGAGGAGCGCCACCUUAGCCGUGCUUCCAGCCUCAAGCGGCAGAUUGCCCAGCUCAAGCAGGAGCUCCAGGAGAUGAGUGAGAAGCUGAAGCUGAUGCAGGAGAAGAAGGAGCCUCCGGGGGUGCAGGGUCUGGGGGAGAACAAAGACCAAGAGCCAGGAGACCUGCUGGAGUACCUGCACUCUCAGAUCGACAAGGCUGAGGUCAACACGGGAGCACGCCUGCCAAGCGAGUACGCUCUGGUGCCCUUUGAGAGUUUCACCUCGUCUAAGGUCUACCAGCUGGAGAUGGGACUGACGCGGCACCCGGAGGAGAAGCCGGUCCGCAAAGACCGCAGGGAUGAGCUGGUGGAGGUCAUUGAGGCUGCGCUGGACAUCAUCAACAACCCUGAUGAGGAGGAUGGUGUGGAGGAGGACAUGGCCAUGCAGAGGAAGACCUACACAGACGGUCACUUCACAGAAGGAUUGUACAGGACGGAGCGAGAUAAAGGGACGCUUUACGAGCUGUUUUUCUCCAAGGAGGAUUCCAGCAGUUUCCGCCACGUCACGCUCUUCCGGCCGUUCGGUCCCGUCAUGAAAGUCAGGAGCACAUCCGUGGAAACUUCAGGAAUGACCAUCAACAUCAUUGUGCCUCUGGCGGGCAGAGUUGAAACUUUCUCACAGUUCUUGCACAACUUCAGAGAGGUGUGCGUGCAACAGGACAGACAGGUUCAUCUCACGGUGGUUUAUUUUGGCCACGAAGGUCUGCAGGAGGUCCGAUCAUCUUUGGACAAAAUGUCGAGGGAGGAGAGUUUCUCCAAUUACACCCUCAUCCCGGUGGACGAGGAGUUCUCCCGAGGUCGAGGCUUGGAUAUCGGAGCCCACACGUGGAACAAAGGCGACGUGCUGAUGUUUUUCUGUGACGUAGAUAUUCGCUUUACGUUGGACUUCCUUAACACCUGUCGUCUGCACACUGCACCAAACAAGAAAGUAUUUUACCCGGUGGUGUUCAGCCUGUAUAAUCCUGCCAUCGUUUAUGGAAGUUUGGAGCUGGCUCCGCCUAUUGAACUCCAGUUGAUUCACAAAAAAGAUGCUGGAUUUUGGAGAGACUUUGGAUUUGGGAUGACGUGUCAGUAUCGCUCAGAUUUCCUGAAUAUUGGGGGGUUUGAUCUGGAGGUCAAAGGUUGGGGUGUGGAAGACGUCCACUUGUACAGGAAGUAUCUCCGGAGCGACCUGAUCGUGACCCGGACUCCGGUGUCCAGUCUGUUCCACCUGUGGCACGAGAAGCGAUGUGCGGACGAGCUGACGCCGGAGCAGUACCGCAUGUGCAUCCAGUCCAAAGCCAUGAACGAGGCCUCCCACUCUCACCUGGGAAUGCUGGUUUUCCGAGAGGAGAUCGAGACUCAUCUCCGCAAGCAGGCCUUCAAGACUCAGAGCAAAACCGAGGACUGAGGCAGCUGCUGGCGUGAAGGCGCCACCGUGAGAACAUGUUUGCACGGAUCCCGCUGCGUUUUGCUGCACAGCUGUAGACGAGUGAAUGUACGAAAAUGAGGAACGUGAAACUUUGUUAGAACCAAUUUUUGCUGCAGACAUGAUCCAGUUAGCUGUUUAAAUUGAAGGAAGAUUUAGAAAUGAAAGAAACCAGUCUUGUUCCUUAAAGCAUGCAGGUUUUAACCGUGGGAACACCGGUGCUGGUUUCUUCAACGGUUAAAAAUGUGAACUUGAUGCCAGAAUCUCAGCUGUUUGGGAGGAUGUUCACUUCCAGAAGGGUGUCAGUGUCGGGACGGGCUUUUCAAAUUCUAGCCGAGGUAUUUAUCGAGUGGAAGAAUGAAGAGAAGUAGCAGUUUGUCCACUGAUGGGUCUUUCGUUUGCGUGAAACUGGAGGUUUUCUUGGGACGUGUUUUGUUCCGUCAAGUGAUUUUUAUAAAGGGAGACUUGUGCGGUUUUUGUGACGUCAUUAGGUCAUUUUUAUUCCGUUUCAUGACUUUGUGAGUUUAACAGGAAAAAUGUUGAAAUAGUUUAGAAAGCUGAAGCAACGGUCAGCUUAUAGCAUGCAGUGCUAACAUAGCUAAUAACACCUAUGCCCAGAGAGCAUCGCCCUCAGAAGUAUUCUCCUGAAAGCCGGUGUUCCAGUCACACUUGUAAAUAGUAAAUAAUGCUUCUUGCGUUACGUUGAAGUCUCUAAAGUGACAUGUUGACUAGGACGUUAAAAGGUGACUUGUUUUCUGACAAAUACGGCAUCACUGUUGUGUACAAUCUGUUUUAUUUGCGAAUUCUCCCGCUUUUGUACAGUGUGUUGAGGUCCGCCAGCUCUACUGGCAAAAAACACGUCUUCCUCUCAGCAAUAUGCAGAAAUCAAAGCUGGCUCAGAAAAACAAGCAAGGAGAUGAUUUAUUAUGACAUUCUGGCCAUAAAUAAAGAGACUCUUCCUAUGCUGUUAGUUCCAGUAACCUUUGAUCUGCUGAUAACUUUUAUAAACUUGACAGGUUCUAUGUUUUAGCUACAAAAUGAAAUCUCAACUCGCUCAUUUCUUACUUCAACACCAAUUGUAUAAUUCAUCUGUGCACACAGAACUAGUCCCUAGAUGAUGAAAAUCGGUGGAAACAUGACUCGUGCGUUAAUGAGCCAUCUGUUCCGGAUGGAUCCCCAUCGUUUUGUAGAUUUCUUUAAGAAUAAGAAGAGUCGUGUCUUCAGAUUGCCUAGAAAACAAACAAAACAGGAAUCAGCAGCGGGACUGCAGAAGCACGCAACACCCGAUUCUUCAAAGGCAAACAGGAGGAAAGAUCAUUUCCAUCCCAGUAAACGACACUUCAUCUGCACCAGAGUUUAAACGUCUGCAUAGUCACCAAAAGAAAGAUGUGUACCAGUAGCAGAGGUGACUCUGAAGGGCGAACAGAUACUCGUUGAAGCUCUCGAUGGGCUUCUCCUGCAGCACGUAGUCGAUCCGAUUCCCUCCAUUUAACAUCCCAAUCUUCACCUGAGGCUCCUCUUCUUUGGGAGGCUCGUGGAUUUCUUGGAUUUUAUGCUCUACAGCGAGAGAGAGAGUUUGUAAACCCACAAAACUAAAGAGUCUCGGAUCUCGGGGAAACUCACCCUCUUGCACGUGCUUCUCCUCCUCUGCGAUUUGAUUGGCCACGAUGGCCAACUCUGCCUGCAGAGCGGACGAGGUGUGAGCCCGGGCGAACUCGUUGAGCGUCUGCCAGGCGCUCCUCAGGGAGCUGAUGAAACCCUGCUUCAAGUCUGAGCCCAUUCUGGAGAGACUCUCCUUCAGCUCUGAAACAACAAAGGUUCAGAAAAUGUCUUUUUCUCCAGAAAACAAAGAUCGGACACUUCCUACCGAGGUGAAGCCUCUUCCUUCCUUUGUGGUGUGGGAUCAAAACAGGCUUCAGGUCCAGGUCUGGCACUAUCAGGGGCUCGAUCCUGUACGCCACCGGAUCCAGCUAAAACAGAUGAUUAAUGGUGGAUGAAGUGAGUCGGCGUCCGCCAGCUUCAAAUUUGACUUUUUAGCUAGAUGGUAUCGUUCUGUUAGAAACACUAAAUCAGAGCAGAGUUCAAACAGCAGCAGAACUAACGCUAAACCAGAUACACACCGGAUGGUAGAUGUUGAAAAACCCCUUGCAUGUGGGCAGCUGGUAGGUCUCCUCGAUCUUCUCCAGCCCACGGACCGUCAGAAACAUGCCGAUGGGAGAACCCAAAGCAAAGAAACUGUCUGGCUUGAAAUCCAGUGAACGGUAGGCCACUGAAACCUGCACAGAGGGAAACGAGGAACAUCAACGUUCAAUAAAAGGUUUGGCAAAAAUCUCAAACUACCAGAUAUCCUUCCAUCCAUUUUCCUCCUUAUCUGGAGCCGGGUUGCGGCCUAAGCAGAGAGGCCCGGACCUCCCAGUCCCCAGCCAACUGGGCCAGCUCUUCCGGUGGAAUCCCAAGGUGUUUCCUGGGCAGCUUAGAGACACACGGUCCCUCCAGCUGUGCUUUUAGAUCUGCUCCCGGUUGGACGUGGUGAUGGAGAGAUGAAGUUUCCAUCCAACUGGUCGACUCUUGAUUCGAGGCACCGUGAUGAUUCAUUUGCUCUAUGGCGCCAUCACGUGGACGAUUCAAGUAAAACUUUAAACUGACUAAAUAAAUGCUUAUGAUGGAAAUAUAUUCUUAAUAUCGUCUUUAACGGUCCUUUUAAUAUACUCUCUGGUCCAAAAGAGAAAGGGAAGGGUUUCCAAAGCACAAUGUGGGGAUCAGCAGUGUUUGGCUGCCCCUUCGGCGCAAACCGGCGAGCCAGUUCCUGAAUCGGUCACGUGGUACGGACUGCAAACGAGGCCUCAAACGUCACUGCUUACGUAAUCAACACAAGCCUCGAUGCGUGCUUCACAAAAAAUCUUCCUGAAUACCCGACACACGCUUGGAAGCCUCGACACAUCAGACACAUCACUAGUUAGACGUGCCCAGAAAACCUCACCAGGGAGGCGUCCGGACCAGAUGCCGGAGCCACCUCAACUGGCUCCUCUUGACGUGGAGGAGCAGCGGGUCUACUCUAAGCUUCUUCCGGAUGACCGAGAUUCUCACCAUCUGCAAGGGAGAGCCCAGCCACCCUGUGGAGGAAACUCAUUACAGCCGCUUGUACCCGCAGUCUCGUUCUUUUGGUCACCACCCAAAGCUCAUGACCAUAGGUGAGGGUAGGAACGUAGAACGUAGCCUUCCGGCUCAGCUCUCUCUCCACCACAAAAGACCGGUACAACACCCGCAUCACUGCAGACGCUGCACCGAUCUGUGUCGAUCCCCCACUCCAUCUUUCUUUUAUCUGUCAAGAAGACCCUGGGAUGCUUGAAGUGCUCCACUUGAGGCAGAAGCUCGUCCCUAACCCAGAGAAAUCUAUGACAGUCUUCCUCUGUACUGUGAUAACCCAAUUUGUUUUGCUAAGCCCGCCCCCCCAUCCCAUAGAGCCCCAUGUCAUUUUACUUGACCACCAUUCAGCAUUAACCAAUAGCAUUAGACAUCAGCUGACAGAUGUCAAUCACAAGCAUGUGUGCACGUCUGCAAAGGUGCCUUGUUUAAGCGUCGUCGUCAAGCCGUUUACAAUGAUGCGGCGAAUCACAGAGAGGCUAAAACCGCCACAGAACAUCCUGACUGCCUGCUUCUACUUGAGGACAGGAAAAAGUAAAGAAAAGACCACGGACUACAUUUGCUGAAAAGUGCCUGAACGAUCAACUUGAACAUUUUUUUUGGACGCUGGGUGGUGCCCUCAGAAAAAAACUCUGGAUUUCUGCUUUGACACAUCAAAGUACAGAGGAAGACCAUCGUUUGCCGGACAAAAGCUCAUUUCUCUCAUCCGAUUUAGUUUUCUCUCAGAAUUUACUCGCUUCACACACGAUCAAAGUUUACCGGCAACACGAGAAAUAAAUGACAAGACGUAGAAAAAUGUGUUUGUUUCUAGGGCAUCACGCACCCACACCAACGAUCUAAAGUUGUCUUACCUGUCCAGUACCAACUUCAAAAUAAUUGUAGUCGACGUGAAUGGAGGAGACGGUAUUCCCCACGGGAAGCUUCUUGGUGGUCGGAUCAGCAGCUGGUGGAGGCGCCACAACAACCUGACUGUCCUCUUUGGCUUUCUUCUCCUGAGCUGCAGCCUGUAGAAGCCAUAAAAAUAAUGAAUCAAGCAUGUGGCUCGUCGCCCGUUUCAUCAAAGGUACGGAAACAAACUCGCCUGUCGAUUCAGUCUUUCUUUAACAAACUUGGCUAUUUUCUUCCUGGGACCCAGUGGGAUGCCCAUCUCCUUCAGGUCCUCCACCGUGCACAUGAG